AUGUCCACAAUAUAUGCUAGAAGACUCAAGCAGGCUAACGCCUGGAAGUAUGCAAUAAAUGUUGCAGUGCUUAUCAUACUAAUGUGCCAGAAAUGCAAUAUGCAGAGGAUCGAUGUACCAGCCGAAGUUAUUGCUGAUCCAAAAUUUAGUUAUCCAAUUGCGAAUGUGACAGCGCCAGUGGGACGUGACGCUUUCCUCACGUGUGUGGUGCAGGAUCUAGGACCAUAUAAGGUUGCGUGGCUGCGAGUCGACACACAGACGAUUCUGACCAUACAGAACCAUGUGAUAACCAAGAAUCAACGGAUUGGCAUUGCCAACUCGGAGCACAAGACCUGGACAAUGCGUAUCAGGGACAUUAAGGAAUCAGAUAAGGGCUGGUACAUGUGCCAAAUAAAUACGGAUCCAAUGAAAAGUCAAAUGGGCUAUUUGGACGUUGUGGUACCGCCGGAUAUCCUAGAUUAUCCUACAAGCACGGACAUGGUCGUACGCGAGGGCAGCAACGUGACGCUCAAAUGCGCUGCUACCGGUUCACCAGAGCCGACAAUUACAUGGCGACGUGAAAGUGGAGUGCCCAUCGAGUUGGCCAACGGCGAGGAGGUGCCCAGCAUUGAAGGUACCGAUCUGGUAAUACCUCGUGUAAAGCGUCAACAUAUGGGAGCAUAUUUAUGCAUAGCUUCAAAUGGAGUACCACCCUCAGUGAGCAAGAGGAUAACCCUUGUAGUGCAUUUUCCACCAAUGAUCACAGUGCAGAAUCAACUGAUUGGCGCUGUCGAGGGUAAGGGAGUUACUCUCGAAUGUCAAUCGGAGGCCUAUCCCAAGUCCAUAAACUAUUGGACACGUGAGCGUGGCGAGAUUGUGCCACCAGGCGGCAAAUACUCAGCAAAUGUCACAGAAAUAGCCGGAUAUCGCAGCUCGAUGAAACUGCACAUUAAUCCCCUCUCACAAGCUGAAUUUGGGGCCUAUCGUUGUGUGGCCAAGAACUCACUGGGAGAUACCGACGGCACCAUUAAGCUUUACAGAAUUCCACCCAAUGCCGUCAACUAUGUGGAAAGCUUCGAUGCGCGUCAUAAAGGCAAAAAGCGUACGAAAAGCUCGGAAAUGUAUCAUUCAUCCAGGGCGCAGGAGCACAGCGGCGAGGACACCGAGAAUCCUGGCAAGCGAAAAGCCGAUUUGAGUCUUAGUGCGGAGAGCAUUGACAGCAUGUAUGGAGCGUCGUCAGCUGCGUCACAGCUUUCCAAACGUCCCAGACAGACGCUGAGCUGCCUGGUUCCGCUUCUACCACUUGUGGUGACGCUGCUGCUGAUGGGGAUGACGUCGUCACAACUGCGAAAAACUCAACUGACAUUGUUGCCACAAACACUGACACAUGUUUGACAUAGACGCGAAGCGCUCACAGUGAUUAAGCUGAAUCCGGAAGAGGAAUUCGA